AUGUCACUUUCACCCAAAUUAGAAGAAAUUGUCAGCUCAAUUGAAAAAUCAUUUGAAAUUAAAGAUGAUUUUUUAGUCAAGGCAACUGAGUAUUUCAUUGAAUCAAUGAAUGUUGGUUUGGAAUCACCAAAACCUUCAAAAGAUGUCAUGCCUAUGAUUCCAACCUAUGUUACCUCAAUUCCAACUGGGAAAGAAGUAGGGUUAUAUUUGGCAGCUGAUUUAGGUGGGACUAAUUUCAGAGUUUGUUCAAUUGACUUGAAAGGUGACCACACAUUUUCCAUGAAACAAAGCAAGUAUCGAAUCCCUGUGGAUUUGAUGAAAGCAGAAAAGUCCAAUGAUUUAUUUGGUUUUUUGGCAAAGAAAGUCCAAUCUUUCUUACUUGAAAACCAUUCGGAAGCCUGUACUGCAAAAAACACCGAGCCCCUCAAGUUGGGUUUCACUUUCUCUUUCCCUGUUAAUCAAACUGCAUUGAAUCGUGGAACAUUAAUCAGAUGGACCAAAGGUUUUGAUAUCCCUGAUACUGUUGACCGUGAUGUUGUUGAGUUAUUACAAGCAAAUUUGACUAUCUUGGAAGUCAAUGUCAAAGUUGUCGCAAUUGCAAACGAUACUGUUGGUACUUUGCUUACUGCUGCUUACUCCAAUGACUCAGCAAAGACAAACAGAAACACAAUCAUUGGUUGUAUUUUUGGUACAGGAACUAAUGGUGCUUAUUUCGAGUCAAAAAUUCCCAAAUUAUCCAGUUCGACUGGCAAAAGCCAAGGUAUGGUCAUCAACACAGAAUGGGGUUCAUUUGACAACGGCUUAAAGAUCUUGCCUUCCACUGAGUUUGAUGAAAUUGUCGAUUCCGAAACCGCUAACCCUGGUUAUCACUUGUUUGAAAAGAGAAUCAGUGGAAUGUUUUUGGGAGAGAUUUUGAGGGUUGCUUUAAUUCAUUUAUUCAAAAAGGGAUUGAUUUUCCAAGAGUUGUACAAGGCAAGAGGCGGAUCUUUGCCACACAGAAUUGAAGAGCCAUGGUUGUUGGAUGCUGAAGUGUUGUCUUAUCUCCAGAUUGAUGACUCCACUGAUUUGAAAACGUCAGGUCUUAUUCUCCAAAAUGUUCUCAGAUUGGAAACCAACAAGGAGGAACGUGAAGUUAUUCAACGUUUGACAAGAGCUAUUUCUCAGAGAGCUGCCCAUUUGUCUGCGAUCCCAAUUGCAGCUAUAGCCAAAAAAGUGAAAGACCAAUAUAAGGAUGAUGAUAGAGACUUUGAGGUUGGUUGUGAUGGUUCUGUGAUUGAAUUUUAUCCAGGAUUCAGACAAGCAGUGUUGGAGUCAAUUGAAAAAAUCAAUCCUUUGAAGGGCACCAAUAAAAAGAUUCAUUUGAAGAUCGCCAAAGAUGGGUCAGGCGUUGGUGCAGCAUUGUGUGCCAGUACCGCAUAG